AUGGCAUCGGAGAUUGUAAACUACCCUGGGCAUUCCAUCUUGCAGCCAAUGCUAACCGGACGUGAUAUCGAGUCAUCCCAAGCCUCUCCCUUUGUAUUGUGGCCUGAUUUGCGAGCUGACACUCGGAGGAUCGAUGGGGGAGUAAGAUCAAGAAAGCGCAUUAAAACCAGUCACGAGCAUCUGUUUUCGCUCGAAGAAACAACAUCUUGUUCGACUUUGAAGUCAGGCCCGUCAGAUGAUCAUGGCAAGUUUAAGCUAGCUCGGAACGGCCCCAGUUCAAGCGGGAAGAGUGGAAUUAAUGAAGGCCAGAUCCCAACUCAGGACGAAGUAUUUAUGUUGCUUGAUAAAUUGGAAGUCAGUCAGACAGGCCACCUCCCUCAGAAUGCUCAACCUGGUGCAGAUCCACCUACUAUCUCUUCUGCAGUGAGGAGUCCAAACAAGAUACCAGUUAUAGAAAAGUACUGCCAAGCAAUGUCGGAGAAGCUUCGCUUGAAUUCGUAUCAAGCCGCAUGA